GAUCAUUUUCCUGCAAUAAAAGCAGCUCAUUACCGGUUCCCCGACAGUCGACGGACGGACACAGCUCCGCGUUGGCGCUCUCGCAGGUGGAUUGGCCAUCUUUGGUGGUGAAACCCAUGGGCAAGAGUAAUGAAGUUCUUUCCGGUGUUCUGCUCCUUAGUCGUGUGGGCGCCCCUGAAGCCCCAUGUGUUGGGGGCUUUCACACCGACUUUCCACCCGGAGGGAAUCCUGCAAGAGCGGGUGCAGGAUCUCCAAGACAGUCCUCUGGAAAUUCAAGACUCGCUUGACGUCCGUUAUCCUGAGGUGAGUACGAAGAAGCCGGAAGGGGAAGUCAAGUAUAACCUUACCUCAGGAGACAUUGCCAAGAGGAAAGUAGAACUUGAGCUGGCCAAGGAUGUCUUAGACACAGUGCCUGAAUUUAUGAACUCCGUAGCAGAGAAAGUUAAACUUGGUUUCGACAGUGUAUCGGACUCUAUUCUAAAGCCUGCAUCUUCUAGAAAAGUUAAAGGAAUAGUAAAACAAAUAAAUAGAUUUAUGCCUUCUUUGAUAAAAGUUCUAGGUGCUUCCUCCACCAUAUUUGGGUUCAUUUCUGUUUUCUUUUACCCAAGCGUGGAGGACAUACUGAAGGAGGAAUUCAAUACUGUCAAUCAGAAGCUGGAUGCCUUGUCACUAAAGAUGGAUAAUAUGAGAGAGGAACUAGAGUCUAGCAUGAAAUUUCAGUCUUGGUUCACAUCCUACAAUGAGUAUAAAAAUACAAUUAAAAACGUAGAGAUAAAACUGGAGAGCACAGUCUCUCAGAUCACAGAUGCUACGGAGAUCAAAUACAAACUUAAGUUGGCUGAAGACUUUCUAGAUUACUACAGGACUCGAGACAUCGAAGCAGCAAUGAACAACAUCUUUCGCCUGACUGCCACUAGAAGUUCGCCCGAAAAACCGAACCUUUUCUCCUUAUACACCCGUCAGUAUGACUGCAAUGUAACAGGAUUGUCUCAACUCAUGCUAGUCAUUAUGAGCUUAGUGUUCAGUGGAACAAAACUGAUGUAUGCAUACUCGUUUUUUAGGAACAAUAACCUGAAGCAAGUAGAAGAGCAGGUAGAGGCUGUAUAUAUACAGCUUUACAACGUUCGGCGGCAAUAUGAGGAUCACGUCUUCCAGUGUUUUGAAACUGCCACUGCCAGAGCUGAGAAGCGUGCUCAGGAGAUCAUAACUGAUAAUCCAAAACUCACAGGGGCACCGUUAACAGCCAAAUUGCAGCGGAAAAUAUCUGAGCUUGUCCCUUGGUAUAGCUGGGCUGUAGUGCAGUACAACGAAUUAGGAAGGAUCCCACUGAGCAGGAGAGAUUGUGCUGUGGCAUCUAGAGGCCAUCAGACCUUCACAGUCAGCCGUGAUCAACGAAAAGUACUCGUUAUGUGGGACUAUCAAGAAGACCAAAAAUGUCAUGAUAUUGACAAAGCUAACACUUUUGUGCCGUUUCAGCUAUGCGAUGGAUGCAACAGUACGGUCUUGCAGAGUUCCGAGAAAAUUCUGAGUGGAAAAAGCUGUUCAAACUAUCUUACAACAACAGUCCAGGAAACAGGAAGGACUUGUGGGUCUGACUUAUCCACUUCGGAAGUGAAUGACCUAAUCAACAGUAAUAAGUACUCCUUCGUAGCUGGAGGCUUCACCAGUGACCAGCAUCCCUGUCUAACACACGGGGAUGAGAUGUGUAGCAAUCAUGGGUCCUGCCACUCCAUUCCCUACAGUGACGACUAUAUGUGUUUCUGUUACUCUCAUUUUUGGGGUGAAAAAUGUGAGACUUGGUACAACCCCUCAUAUUCUUUGAAUGUAACUAACAUAAUGGUAAGCAUGAGGGAAUCUUUUGGCAUCUCCAUCGGUGUGCCCGAUGUUGUUGAUUUGUAUCUCGAGAUCCAAAGGUUUCCUAGUCAGCUCCGGGAAAUGCAGACGAGUAUUACGGCUUCAUUCGAAGUUAACAAUCACCUUACUCUCUAUGGAGAUUCUUUCAUCAAAGCAGAACGAAUAGCAGACCUGUACAACCAACUCCUGAUUGGGAAUAUAACUGAGAGCUCCUUUGGCGAGGAACUUUCUCAACUUAAUCCUAAUUUCAAUUAUAUUUUCUGGAACCUAAGGAAUAUGAUUCUUGGUGAUGGGAUAUUAACCUCAGAUGAUUUGAUGAAUUCAUAUAAGAAAUCACAGAAUUCUGCAGCUUGUACAAAAGGUUAUGAUGUACAGAUUUCUAGGUUCAUGAAAAAUAUUUUGACUUUGGACGAGGAAGUUACUGAAGCUCAUUUGAGAUUCCUAAACUGGAAGCGUAGUCACCAAGACUCUUCAAAGAGUCUGGAAAUCUUAGACCAGAUGAACAAAGUUAAAGACACAGCCGCCAAUCGUCUGCGGGGCUACGUCCAUCACUGGGAGGUUACUUCUUGCCCACAACUGCAUGCCGAAGACUUGGUCGAAAACCAUUGCAACCGAUCCCUCUCGUACGAGGGUCUAAACGUUACGCUCCACUGCCGGAACAACAAACAGCCGACGGUUGCGUCUGUCAGGUGCCACAGGGUUAGCGGCAAGCUUACUUGGAGCUCCAAGCCCAGCUGCGAGUAUGUCUGGGGCCCUUGGAGCGACUGGUCGACCUGCAGCACAACAUGCGGUACAGGCCAGAGGAGCAGGAUGCGCCAGAAAAUCAGUGGAGAAGCCGACACUCAAACUAAGCAAUGUGAAGAACAGGAAUGUUGUCAAGAAAGGGACGGCAAGUUCCGGUGCCGGGACGGGCGGUGCAUCCCGGCGGCGUCCAAGUGCGACGCCCGCGACGACUGCGGCGACGGCAGCGACGAGAGCGGCUGCCGCCCGCGGACCACCACCAGGAGCCCGGGAGGCUUUUGGGGGAUUCGUUAUGGUCCACGACCAUAAGGAAAGGAAACUUCCAGCCAGCAUUUAAACUAAACAGCAUUUAA